AUGGGGAACGACGAGUGGUUCUUUUUCACGCCGCGCGACCGGAAAUACCCGUCCGGGCUGCGGUCGAAUCGCGCCACGCCUGCGGGGUAUUGGAAGGCGACCGGGAAGGACCGGCCCGUGUUCGCCGCGAAUCGCGGAGGAGGAGGAGGGGGCUCGAGCAGUGGCGGUGGAGGUGGAGGUUCCGGCGCGACGACGGUUAUUGGCUUCAAAAAGACGCUCGUUUUCUAUCGCGGGCGUGCGCCAGCAGGCGAGAAGACGGAAUGGGUGAUGCAGGAGUACCGCCUACCCGACAGCUCCGACGACAUCGCCAGCCUAAUGCUGCCGGCCGGCAGUUCCGCCGUCAGCGCUGACGUCACCAUCUCCGCGCCUCCGUCGCCGUCCGCGUCGGGCUGGCAGAGCGCAAGCGGCCCGUCGGGAAUGACUCUGUCACAGUGGGUGGUCGUGCGCGUGUACACGCGCGGCGCGCCUCCGCAGCAGGCGCAGCCUGGGCAGGGCGGCGGAGGAAGCGGGGGGCGACUAGCCGCGCCCGGGGGCUUGGGUCACGCGCUCCAGGCGCACGCGGAAAGAGCCGCGGGAAAAGCGUUGAAAGCGGGAAAGGUGGGAAAGUCGGAACUGGUAGAGGAGCCAGAGCAGCAGCGGAUGAUUUUGGAUUCUGGCGGCAGCGGCGGAAGCGGAAGCUUCCCGUUAGUAUGUGGGCUGAGCGCGGAGAGGGGGGAAAUGGGCUCCGUUCCGCAGUCUCCGCUCGUGUCCCCGCGUUUUCCUCUUCCGCAGGCUCACUUUCCGAUUAGUCCGCGCCAACCUCCCGCAAGCAGGAGCGCAAGUGCUGCUAUUUCCGCAGGAGCUUCCGCCGCCGCUUCCGCCGCUGCUUCCGCCGUUGCUUCCGCUACUUCUGGUGCAGGCGGAAUUGCCCCAGUCGGAGCCGCCGGUCCUGCGCCUGGCGAAGGGGAAGAGGAGAAUCAAGGGCAGGUUGGGGCGACCGAGCGAAGCACAGAGGCGCAGCUGGCAAGCGGGCAGAAAAACGGGCAGAAAGCCGGGCAGGAAAGAGGGCAGGAAAGCGGACAGGGAAGCGGGCAGGGAGGUGGAGGAAACGAAUCUGCAGAGGCAUUUUCGAAGCUUCUUGCCGAGUACGUGUCAGGGCAGGGAGACAAUGAUGGGCAUGCGAAUAUUUUCUCCUGGCAGACGGACCCAGCAGCCACGACAAGCGUGUUCCCCGCGUGCCAGGAGCAGCAGAUGCAGCAGAGUGAGGAGGCACAAGGGACAGGGCGGUGUGAGGGGGGAACUCAGGAGACUCAAGAGACGCAUGGAAAAGAGAGGGCGGACGCUCAGGCUGCCGCUGGGGAAGCAUCCGAGAAGCAGCACAACCAGGUCCAGCAACAUGAGAACCAGGCAAGACCCAUGCUACGUCGCCUGCAGCGGUCAAACGCUGCCGAGAUUGAGCCUCUCGAGGACCUGAUUGGCCCACAGAGCCCUUCAAGCCAGGGCCUGCAGCAGCCGCAUCAACAGAUCCAGCAGCAGGAGCAACAGCAGCCCACAAUCUCUCCUGCUCUGACCCCAGGCCUGGGAACCCCACCCGCAGCAGCCACUCCCCUGCCCGACCCUUUUCUGGCUGUGCCAACCCCAUCCUCUGCACUGACCACUCCUGGUGCUGCUGCUGGUAACCUCUCACCUUUUUCCGCCAUGGGUUCUGGUGUUGGAGUUGGUAAUUUCGGGGGUUACAGCGGUUUUUCAGCGUUUGGCAAUGGCAGCGGGCACUUGUCUUUUUUCGACAGCCCGUUCAGGUUCGGCACUCCCGCUCCCACAGGGGCUGAUUGUGGGGCUGCGAAUGCCUGGACGGCUGCCGUUGUUGCUGCUGCUGCUGCUGCUGCUGGUGCCGAUGCUGCUGCUGCUGGUGGUGCAGAUGCUGCUGCUGCUGCCACUGAUGCUGCUGCUGGUACUGCUUCCGCUGUUGCCACUGGUGCUUCUGGCCCUGCUCCCACAGGAGCUGAUUCAGGGGCCCGGUUCCGAGGGAGCGAGUGUGCAGCGCAAGCCAGUGGCAGCGUCAGUGAGAGUGGCAGUGAGCUGAGUUCCCCGUGCACUAACACCACUCACACCCCCCCCACCGCCUCUGCGAGUGAUGGUGAAUUCGCAGGGGAAGUGGCCGGUCCUGCUGCUAUUGCAGCUGAGUCGCUUGCUGCAGACAAUAGUGCCGCUGAGUCAAACCUUUCAGCAACGCAGCUCCCACACCAGCAAUGUUUGCUACAGCAGCAGCAUUUAUCCACUGCCGCUGCAGCCGCAAUUGCUUCUGACCGUUUUUCCAUGCUCUCCUCCCCUCCUCUACCGCCUGGGAUGAUGUCAGAGCUCACCGAGCUGCUUCUACACUCGGCAGUUGCCCAGCCUAGUGACUCAGGCUCGGGGCCAGCAGGGUCGGAAGCAGGCUCGGCGCAAGCGUGCAGUGAAGGGAAGGAUGGUGGUGCAGGACAAAUCAUUAGGCAGUUCCAGCAACCACUGUGGGCGACUAAGGCACACCAGCAGCAGCAGCAGCAGCAGCAGCGCCAGCUGGAGCAAGGGCAUGAGAAGAAUGGAGCACAGGGAAGAAAGCAGGUUCGGUCCCCGAAGCGGAGUCGAGGGGAGGGUGAGUUUGAGGGGCUGAUGGUGAUGGAAGCAGGUGGAGCUGCUGAUGGGGUUUCAAUGGAGGCAAGCCUGGUUCGGCCCUUGUCCAAGCGAAGGAGCUUUGUUGCUGAGGAGAUUGAGGAUGGUUCGGGUGGAUUGAGUGCGGUGAAGGAGAUCAGCCUGGGAGAGGAGGGAGGUGUGGGGGAGAACUCACAGCCUGAUAUUCUCAAUAUGCUGAAGCAGAUCUUGGGGUGA